AAACAGAUAGUAUCCGGAAACCACGUGUAAAGUGUAUGACAAAAUAUGUCACUCAGGAGAAGAGUAGUGGUCACUGGUCUUGGGUUGUGUACUCCUUUGGGUGUUGGCGUCAAGAGAGUGUGGAAGAAUAUUCUAGAAGGUCGCAGUGGUAUUCGAAGCCUCCCAGAGAUUGAAGCAUUCAAGGAUGCAGCAUCUCGUGUUGUGGGUCUCGUCCCAAGGGGUUCUGGGGAAGGAGAAUUUGACGAGGGAGCAAUAGUGUCAUCAUCAGAGAGAAGGACAAUGGCUCUGGGCACUUUAUAUGCUUUGUGUUCGGCGGAGGAAGCUCUGAAUGACUCAGAGUGGCACCCACAGACAAAUGAUGACAGAAUUAAUACAGGCGUGUCAAUAGGUACCUGUAUACCGGAUCUUGAGUCUGUCAUCGAUGCUGGGAAUGCAUUGAGGGCUGGGAAAAGUCGUCUUGUCUCGCCAUAUUUCAUCCCAAUAAUCCUACCCAACCUUGUGGCCGGUCACGUGUCCAUGAGAUAUAGUUUGAAAGGUCCUAAUCACAGUGUAUCGACUGCUUGUGCUACUGGACUCCAUUCUAUUGGCGACGCUGCAGCAAUGAUUGCUAGAGGUUCAUGCGAUGUGAUGAUUGCUGGAGGCACGGAGGCUUGCAUUCAUCCUCUGGCCUUUGCUGGGUUUGGGCGUGCAAAAGCUCUCUCAAAAAAAUUCAACUCUACGCCUUGGCUGGCCUCAAGACCCUUUGAUGCCAGGAGAGACGGUUUUGUAUUGAGCGAAGGCUGUGGACUUGUGGUCCUUGAAGAGCUAGAGCAUGCACUCAAAAGAGACGCAAGGAUUUAUGCCGAAAUACUCGGCUAUGGGCUUUCCAGUGAUGCUCAUCAUGUUACUGCACCCCAUGAGUCUGGAGAAGGUGCUGUAAUGGCUAUGAGGAUGGCACUGAGAGAUGCUGGGGUAAACCCUAACUCUGUUGGUCACAUCAACGUCCAUGCAACUUCCACGCCACUGGGCGACGGUAUAGAGAAUCUAGCAAUAAAGAAGGUUUUUGGAGAAGACAGUAAAAAGUUACUCAUUUCUGCUUGUAAAGGAGCUCUGGGUCACUUGCUCAGUGCUGCUGGCUCUGUCGAAGCAAUCUUGGCGAUCCUCUCUACUGCUGAUGGAGUCUGUCCUCAGACUCUCAACAUUACCGAACUGAGUGAGGAGUUUGAUCUCAAUUAUUGUCAAAACUCACCCGUGGCAUGGGAGAGAGAAGGAGGAGAAAGGCGUAUUGCGCUCAAGAAUUCUUUUGGUUUUGGUGGGACAAAUGUCUCACUUUGCAUCGGAGAAUAUAUUAAUUAGAUUUAUUUUAUUGUUGCAUAUUUUACUAUUCUAAUGAUUAUGAGUGUUCGUGGAGAGUUUGGUUGAUGCUAAAAUCAAUUGACACAAAA